UCCUGGCAUUAAUUGUUAUUCAUCAUUCAUUAUUCGCUGUCGUGUGCACCAAACUCGGUGCCUCGAACAACGCCUGUCCCUGCCUCUUCCAGCUCCCCGAAUCUACGCUGGGCCACCCCAAGCUCCGCUCCAAUUGCACCGUCAUGCAUGCAUGCUCCGAAGCUUAAACAUUUCCCCCCUCUUGUGCCUGUUACUCUAUUAGUUUGUUGAAUAAUACUUAUAUUCCUGCUCCCACCGCCCUUCAGCUUACGCUUCCCUCUUCUACCUUUCUUCUAUCUGCUUCUACUUGCGCUCUCAUCUUCACGAAUCAUCGCCUUCAUACAUACUCCAUUCUAUACAUAGAUAGCCACUUCUACACCUCCAUUAACACCAUGGCUGCGCCUCGGUCAACGUCACUCCGUGCCCUUCGCCAGCUGUCUGCGUGCAGUAGGCAGACUGUUCAGGUCCGCAAGCUACAUAUGACCGGUCCUACUACAUUUCCAUCUCCUCUCCUGACUUCAGAACGACCCGCUGUGAAUCUCCCAAAAGACCUUAUUGGUCUCCAGACCGAAUGCCGGAAGCGUAAUCUGCCUGUCACAGGUUCCAAGCAGGAGCUAGCUGACCGUCUCUCUGCCGACGCAAUGCUACAAUCACGCAGCUUCAGCAGCGCUAUUCAGGACAUGAAGCGUCCAGCAGCCUCCGAAGCUGACGCAUACAUGGCCAUGCCUCCAGUCCGACACUUCAACACCAGCCGAACCCUGAAGUCCGUCAAUGACAGCUCUACAAUCGACUUCGCCUACUUCCCCGACUUCAAUCCUGAUGUUGAGGCUCCUCCUCCAAGCAUCCGCGUCCCCCUUCUUCCACAGAGUGUGGCUGCACCCAAUACCGCCAAAUUCUCCGAGGAGGCUCAGGAAUCGGAUGUGAUGCGCGGUACCAUAGUUACUGCUUCGGCUGAUUCUACUCACAUAAGUACUCCGUCUGCCAUGGCAGAUGUGCACGAUAACAAUUCAAUUGAUAUUGGGGAGAUGGCUCAAAAAGUUGCUGCUGCAGCCCAAAAGGUCAAAGAGGCUACAGUGGAUGAGACACCUGUUGUUCGGAAAGUUUGGAAUGGCUUUCUGGACGAUCUCCUUGGUCCCAAGUCAUCUAAAGCGACUUCCUAAGGUAGACGCCGAUGCGACCUGUAUGAUGUGACGAAGCGGUGAGCAUUUCAUUGACUACGUAUCUGCACACAAGUUUUCGAAGUAUGCGUUAGUCCGUUUCUUUUGUUCGCCAGUCUCAACUACGGAGUCUAAUGUGCGAAUCUACCUCUGACCUUCGUUUCUGAGUUUGAACAAGGCCUGGAAGCGCUCUAGCCAUUGGCAAACGACAUAUAUUAGUAUUGACGUAGUUAGCGUAUAAACACAAUGCGCAUUUAACAUCGCACCUUGACUUCCAAUCCUUCCGACU